GGCCAAGGAAGCCACAUACUUCCUGGCUCUGGAACAGGUCCGAUACAAAGGAAAUAUCUUUAAUAUGGAUGUACAUGGAAAGUCCGACGAACAACCGGACCAUCGGACAGGCAGGUCAGCAGAGGCCUACAGUACACUGCCGUGUGGGCCUUUUCCUCAUCGUGUGGGAAAAGGCUGAAAUAUGACUUCUCAGCUGGCGUUGCCCUUUGUCCCUGAGAGCGGACAGAUGGAGGAUACCCACACCUGUGCUGCUGCUGCUACCAAACCGCUGGGAAUCGGCUAAUUUCUCUCCCAUCUCAGAACGGCCCUGCCCAUCUGGUGGACGGGGUAGAGAGACAAGGGCUCCCUAAUCAGCCGACAUCUGCUAGGAUAUUGGGAAACUACAUACAAGAUUAAUCAACGACUGUCAAAUGGUGCUGGAAUAUUGCAUGAGAUUGUCUUGCUGAAAUAUUGUUGAAACUACCCGAUGACACGCCGAUAAUGAAAUCUCACGUGAUGCACGGACGGUAUAACGCAUUUGUUCCAAAAAGGACACGGGGGUUAUUGGAUUCUGAAGUUUUGGAAACUAAUUUCUUGGACUGGAUACGUAACUCCUUGAAAGUUAGUCUGUGUAGAUGGAACAAUUCUUGGACGGUUGGUUACAAAUGGGUGUCAUGUCAGUGUGGGUCAAACUCUCUGCUGGUGUACCAGGGGUGGAGUGUUAGGGGUCGGGUGCAUCUCUGCGAUGUGGCGCAGGCACUGCCAAGGAUGGAUGAUGAAGUAAAACAGGUGCCCGACAGGUGGCGCAGUCAAUCCCCCCCACCCCCGGGAUCCAUACCCCAUGCAGACAGUGGAUGAGUGUUCGCUUAUCUUGCAAGAAGACUGACAUUGAAUACUAACAAACAAGAUCUGAUGCCAAAACUGGUAGAGUCUCACGCGAGGUUGGAGCCAGGAGCGAUAACUCUGUCGCCACCCCGCGGCUCGCCUGUUAUCGACACCUCUCACACAGAGCGUCCCACAAAUCUGCGAAAGAUGGAGUCAGGAGAUACAGCAAGCUCCACAACAAUAUAUACAAAUGACAUGUGCGCCAAGUUACCAUCUGCAAAAACUGACACGGUGAACUUGCAAUUGGGAAACACUAGCUGGAUAUCUCUCAAUGAUCACGAUCGUGGUAGAUAUGUUAUGAACACACACCCAAAUAAAGACGGACAUAAGUAUCGCUAUACUACAACUCGCGUAUUUAUCUUCGAAAUUAAAAAUUGAAGUUUUACUUUGAUGUAGCGAUAAUAAAUAUUGUGUGUCCCUGAAACCAGUGCUCGAGACUGUGGUUGUGUGCCUCUGUGCCGGGCAGAGCCGUACGCGGUUCAUCGAGUGUGGGGCCUUUGUUUCUUUACUAGUGUGAACAUGAUGCUUUCUGAUUAAACACGGCCUGCCUAAUGGUCGGGGCAGCUGGGCUGCAAUAUUUAGUGUCACAUACCGCAAUGUGGCCGGACAUCGGAGGAACAAGCCGGCAGUCAGAAUACCACAACACAACACUUAUUUAUUUUUGCUAAUCUCUGCAGCUCCCCGGCGCCUCAAGUCUAGAGCGAGACACUCGAAAGCACACAUGAAUAUAUGCAGAUUCGCAGGUGUGCGGCUGUGAACCAUCUACAGGGCGAAGGUGACGGAUUUUAAUGCAAUUUAUCAGCCAUGGGAGGGCGGCCUCUUUGAUGUUUGUGUUGAUUGACAGCGUGGUAGCUACAGCGACCGCCUGGCUGGCGCCGUCUACGAUAGCAAAUAUACACACAGUGAAUGGGUGACGUCACAGAGCUGGCGCCAGUCUGUCGCGCUUCGCCGCCGCUGAUUGUAGAGCGUAGAGCUAUUAAUCACCUGCCACCUCUCGCCGCGACUGACAAGGGGAGUUUAUUCUCGACUCUACUUCUCUACAUGGAAAAAUAGUCGUAGCCUUCCAAAUAUAUAAUUCAACUUUCCCAAAAAUAUUUCUAUGUCAAUAGUUGAAAAAAGGAGACAUUUUAAACGCUGAUACUUCGCUUGUGUGUUGAAAGUUGAGCCUGGGAAAAAAUUGGAGGAGGCGUGGCUUGAAUUGAUAAGCUUAUGCAGUCCCACGUUCUGAUUGGUUAAAACCUGACGGGGCUUUUGAAACCAACCCAAGCUGCGGUUGAUUGGUCAGCUGGGAGGGCGGAGCUUAGCUGUCAGUGUUGUUGCAGUGGAUGGCUGUAAAGAACUCGGUGGUGUAUAUAAGGCUGGCCAACCCCCUUCAGCCAUACACUCAACUGAGCUCGUAGUAUUCGGACGUGCUUCUCAUUCUCUCGCUCUACUAUUACUUACCUCGAGUUACUACCUACCAACCCACCUACAUUAUGAAGGCUGUUGUAGAAACCUGUGUCCGCGCUGACUUCGGUGUCAAGGACAUUAAAAUUACCAAACCAAGGAUUGAGGAUUCCGAAAUGUCGGCGUGUUUCCACAAACUGAAGGAACUAGUGCCCUCCGUGCCUCAGCACAAGAGGAUUUCCAAGGUAGCGCUUCUCCAACAUGUGAUCGACUACAUCCUAGACCUGGAAAUCACCCUGGAGAAACACCCCGCUAUGGCGUCUAUUCCCCCACCCCUCGCCAGCGUCUGCCGCUCCCCCCUGGCAGAGAAAUCGGACCUCAACGCCCAAAUUGAGCCUGCUUGCGAUGUCCUAAUGGAGGCAGCAGCUUCGGCCGGCAUGUGCGAUCUCCGACCCCCAUCCAAAUAAACAUCAAGCGGUCACUUUGGAUCUCGAAGGACAAAUUAAAUGAAGUCUCUCUGUAUCAUCCCUGAUGACAGGCGAUCCUGACAGACCGAGCGACGCUCGAGCGUUCCUCCACACACACACACGGAAGGAAAGGCUAUACUCGCACGUGCAGCCGGCCCUUCCCCACGGUCUGCUUGAGAUGUGAGGCCGAUGUGGCCAUCUCGUGGAUCAUCAGCUGGGACAUCCACGGCAACUGUGGCAAGGAUGACCCUUCUCUCACUGCCUGAUCAGCGGAGAGACGGCAUCCGCCGUUACCGGUCCCGUACCGGACUAAGUGACACUCUGACUACCACCACCUCACGACUGGAACCACGCGGAUAAACGCGCCAGGAGAUUAUGACGUUCCCAACGAUGCUGUGUCGUGAUAGACUUUAUCGAAGACUUUUGUACCUUUUGUAAGAUACGGUUGUUGAGUUUUGUUAUUUAAUUAUUGUUACCCACUGUUGGACGCUGUAUAUACGUUACAUGGAUCUUUCACAAUACAAAAAUAUGGAAAAUCA